AUGACCAUCUUUCACCCCUUCCCUCGUCUCCCCCAAGAGAUACGCGACUUGAUCUGGGAAAAGGCCGCCAGAGUUCAAGCAGAGAAGAGCGGGGUCCACUUCUUCACCAUCUUCAACAGCACAAACAAGCAAGAAUCCGCCGCCGUCGCACAACAGUACAAGCUCAAGGGACCUAGCAGAUCAUGUCUCGCCGCGCCGAGAUGUAAAGACGGGCAAGGGUUUUCGUGGACAGAGGGGAACCCGUCCAUGUAUCUUUUGGAUCGUGGACUUUGGAAGGCAUGCCGUGACUCGAGGGCUGCGAUUAUCAAGGUUUCGACCAUGGCCAUGGGCUCCGAAUCGUGCAUUUCGGAUGAUAUCGCCGACAUGGUCAAGCCGUAUAACGAACCGCGGACAGCAAAGUUCAUGUUGGACGGACACGAGCAGGAGAUGAUGGUCUGGCCCGAGAGAGACCUGUUUUGUCUUCAGCCUUAUGACUGGAACAUGGCCAAAAUUUGGCUACAGCACACGGCCAUUUCCUCCCGACAUGGCAAGUUUCAUUUCAGACACGUCGCGUUUGAACUGCCGCGCGACGAGGUAAUCAACCUCUCGGUCGAAAACGAAUACAACAAGGAUGCCCCCGAGCCAUCAUCACACCUCAUAGUGGAACGGAUAGAGUCCCUCCUCGGUCGCGGGCGUUUCCACCAUGUUAAAAAAGUCUGGUUGAUAGACUACCAACUCAAGAGGACGAACCCGCGACCCGCCGCGCGACAGUUCUGCGCAAACGGGUUCAGGUUCGUCGAGGUUACGGAGCAGGAUGGCGAUGAGUGGACUGAUCGUAGGGGGGACGGUAGGGAUGCUCUUGAGUUUGCCGAGUGGCUGAGGUACUCGACCAACUACCAAAAUGAGAAUACUUCUCCUGAAAUCGGGGUUUUGGCGUGUGAGAAAUGCUAA